AUGCUGCAUAAGCACAAACACGGAUACAACGAAGCGAUGGCAUACGUGAUGUUUUUGCUUCCGGGCAUCAUUGCCUACUGCUCGACGAUCAACGAGGCAAACACACUGUUUCUAAUCUGUGAACGGUACGUGUCUGUGUGCCACCCGCUCUUCUGGAACACGGUGUCGAUGGAGUCAAAGUACCGAAUGUUCCUCGGCUCUUUCCUUAGUUCGUUCGUAGUCACCACCGUCAGGCUGACUUAUUUCGGCACGGUGAGGAUCGAACGUCUACCGUACAACCUCACUACCGAUGACCUGUACCAUGUCGUCCACAGAGAAAGACUCGAUAGCGCCGCUUUCGAGGUAUGGAUGAAUUUCAAUGACAUCUUCAUACCGACUAUGUUUCUGGUGGUGAUGCUGUACGCCACGGUAAGUAUGUGCCUAGUGAUCAGACGACGCAACCAAGUCAAGGUGCAACCGAACAGCACGACGCUUACAAGCGGCCACUGCGGUUCCGAGAGUAGGAGCACUACGGAAUCCCGCAAGGCCACCCACCUUAUGCUGGCCACUGCAAUCACCUUCUCGAUGAGCCAGAUCACUUGGUUGUCGUUGAAAGUGUCCCACAUGGUCGACUUUGACAAGAGCCCGAUUACGCUUUCCAGCACGAGAGCAGAAAUCCAAAUCUGGUUCAAGCUGUACAUCUUACACAACGUCUCCAGCAUUGCCUGCACGAUUUUCGAGUCUGCCUACCACGCUGUCAACUUUUACUCGUAUAUACUUUUCAAUCGCCGCUUCAGAAUCGAGCUCAAGCAAAAAUUGAAGAAGCUGCUUCGAAUUUGA